AAAAUUCCAUUGGAAAAUUACCAAACAAUAAUAAACAUGCUGAAGUCAAAGAAAAAUAAAAAUUUUAAUAAAAUUCUGUUUGACAGCGAUAACGAGGAAGAUUUAGCGUUUGGAACCAACAAAUCUUAUGCUAAGCACUACGACGAAUUCAGGAAAAAGGAGAUUCUAAGUCACCUCAAGAACAUUAGCGAUGAAAGCAGCAGUGACGAUGAUGCUAGUACAGAUGAGGAGCUUGAGAAUGCAGCAUUUGAUAAGGAAUUCUUUAAUGCACUGUCUUAUUUAAAGAAUAAAGAUCCAGCGAAAUAUGAAGAGAUCCCAACAUUCUUUAAGGAACUUCCAACAGUCGAGGAAACAGUCAAAAAUAAGCAACAGAGCAAAUCACAAAAGCCAAUUACAGUAGCUGAUCAUCAGCGUGAAAGAUUGAUUAAAACAGAAGGUCUUAUGACUGAUGAUGAUGAAGAAACUACUAAAAAAAGUCCAGAAGACAUGUCAUACGUUGCUGAGCAGCAAAAAAUCAAGAAUGACCUCAAAAAGGCACUAUCUGGAAGUGAAGAUGAAGCUGAUGACUUUUUACAAGUUCGUAGUAAAACUAAUGAUGAAUUACAGCAGGAACAGACAGACUAUAGAAAGUGGCUGUCAGAGCAAAAAGGUCCUAAAUCAAUGAAGCCAUUAAAAGAUUUCUGGACGAGUAAUGAGCUUAAUAAGGAUGACAAGUUCCUUCGUGACUACAUCCUUAAUAAAAGAUAUGUCGAGAAUGGCGAGGAAUCAAAUUUUAAUGAACUUGUUGGUAUAUCCGAUGACGAAGCUGAGUUUGAGAAGCAAACUGAGUAUGAGCAUAAAUACAAUUUUCGUUUUGAGGAACCAGAUAAUGAGUUUAUUAAGCGUUUCCCGAGGAAAAUUGACGAUACAUUGCGUGUUGAGGACACAAAAAGAAAGGAUAAGCGUAAAGAACGAGAUGAGAGAAAGGCACAAGAAAAGGAAUUAAAAAUGAAGCAUUUAAGAGAGUUACAGAACAUCAGGAAACGUGAAAUUGAGGAAAAAUUGAUGGUUCUUAAAGAUGUGUCUGGACGGGAUGACUUAGAAUUAAAGGAAGAUGAUUUAAAUACAGAUUUUGAUCCAGCAGAGCACGAUAGACGAAUGGCUGCAUUAUUUGACAAUCAAUAUUACGGAAUCGAUGGAGACGACCAAAAGCCACAAUUCCCAGACCUUGAUGAGGAACUAAACAUUGAAGAUUGGGAUAAUUUCGAUAAAAGUAAAGUUCCAGCGCCUGAACAGGAUGACACUGAGCUGCAUUGUGAGGACGAUGACUUUAAUAUGGAUUGUGAUUAUGAUCCACAAAAAGAAAAGAGAGAUAAAAUCCAGCAGGAACUUAUAGACAUGUCUAAAGGUCGUAAAAGGAAGAAGAAAGUCUCAAAAUUAGCUGAAAUUAUUAAUAGAGACAAACCAGCAUAUGAUCCAGAACAAGGAAAGUCUUACGAGCAAUAUCUUGAUGAAUAUUAUAAAUUAGACUACGAAGACAUCAUUGGAGAUCAGCCAUGUCGAUUUAAUUAUGUUGAAUGCGUUCCCAACGAUUUUGGAUUAACUGUUGAGGAGAUUCUAAUGGCAUCAAACAAGGAGCUCAAUCAAUGGGCUAGUCUCAAGAAAACUAUGCAGAAUCGUCCAAAAAAUGUGGAAAUGAAUGAUGUCGAGAAAUACAAUCGCUGGAGGAACAACUUAGCUUUAAAAAAGAAAAUAUUCAAAAGUAUGUUCGGUGAGGCAUCAGACAGUGAUGAAAAUGAAGGUUCUGAUAGUGAGUCAAAGGAAGUGCCUGCAAAAUCAGACGAGGUGCCAGAAAAAUCAGAGGUUGUAGCUGAAAAUCCUACGAAAAAGAAGAAAAAGAAAAACAAAAAGAAGAAAAAGCCACAAAAUGCAGAUUCUCAAGCUAGUUCUUCAAAUGCUAAUCCACAAAAGCCUGUAAAUAGCAAACAAGAAGAUAAGCAAAAUGCUCCAGAUGUGAUUAAUGAAAGCAAUAAAAAGAAAGAGUCUAUUCAAAAAGAAAGUCAACGAAAGACUGACAAUAAAGCAAGUCCAACAAAAAAAAGUUCUACGCCACAAAAUAAAGCAAAACAGUCACUUGUAAAGCUUCAAAAUGACGAGGAGUCAAAACCAACAACAAGUACGGAAAUUCCCAAAAUAAUGACCCUUUUAACAUCCAGAAAUCACCAAAAUAAUAAGAAACGAAAAUUCGAAGGCACUCAGCCACAGAAAAACAACUUCAAGAAGAGGAAAUUCGACAGCAAGCAAAACUGGAAGCAAAAUAAUCAGUCAACAAAUGGAAUCGCUGAUGAACGGUUGAAAGCUUUUGGAAUUAAUCCCAAAAAGUUCCAUAACAAAGCCAAGUACGGUGGACAGAAUCAGAACAAUCAAAAUAAGCAGAAAGGAAAGUCUAAGGAAUGAAUACAAAGAAACUUUUGUAAGUUUUAUUUCCUGUCAACAUUUUUGAAAUUAAAUAUAUUAAUUAUUAAAAAAAUACUCAAUAUAUUAUGACCUUGACUCCAAACCUAGUGAUGUCCAUGUCCUCGAUUACGGUGUUUGUGAUUUUCUACAAAAUCUUGAUUGUGAGGUCCGUGACCAUGAUUUUCCACAAAAUCCCUGUUGUGUGCAUGAUGUUCUAUAUGUUUAUCAUCUUCGUGGUAUUUAUUAACAUCAUUAUGAUCGCCCAUAAAGAUAUUAUCUUCUUUUUUGCAGUCAGUGCACUGAUUACUGUGACUUUCAUGUCCAUGUCCGCUUAUUUCUUCAAAAUAAAAUAAAGACAUUGAUAAUAUUAACUACUGAAGUCGAUUCGCUGUUGGCAUUGAUCAUUAUUCCCCUACUUGUGUAACAAAA